AUGAAUCAGGCCUCUCUAUAUCAGCACGCCAACCAGGUGCAAAGGCACGAUGCCAAAUUGAUUCUGGACGAGUUUGCCUCUACCUUACAAUGGCGAUCCGAUGGAGAGGACGCCCUCUUGGAUGUCGGCUCGGGAUCCGGAAAUGUACUCAUGGAUUUCGUAAGACCUCUGCUACCGAUUCGCGGACAACUGGUGGGCACCGAUAUCUCCAGUCAGAUGGUGGGCUAUGCCAGUAAACAUUACCAGUGGGAGGAACGGACCAGAUUUCAGGUACUGGACAUUGGCUGUGAAGAACUCCCAGAGGAGCUGAGUGGAAAAUUUGACCAUGUCACCUCCUUUUACUGCCUUCAUUGGGUGCAAAAUCUUAAGGGAGCCCUCGGAAAUAUCUACAACCUAUUGAAACCCGAAGGCGGUGACUGCCUUUUGGCCUUCUUAGCCUCUAAUCCCGUUUAUGAAGUGUACAAGCUUCUCAAAAUGAACGAAAAGUGGUCGGCUUAUAUGCAGGAUGUGGAUCAGUUUAUAUCGCCGCUACACUAUAGCACAAAUCCUGGCGAGGAAUUUAGUCAGUUGCUAAACAAAGUGGGUUUCAUACAGCACAAUGUGGAGAUUCGCAACGAGGUUUUUGUUUACGAAGGUGUUAGAACCCUAAAAGAUAAUGUAAAAGCCAUUUGUCCAUUUUUGGAGCGCAUGCCGGCAACUCUGCAUGAAGAUUUUCUGGAUGAUUUCGUUGACAUCGUGAAAUCUAUGAAUUUGCAGCAAGGUGAAGAUAAUCCACAACAAAAGUUUUUAUCUCCCUAUAAGUUGGUAGUGGCAUACGCACGUAAAUCUCCUGAAUUUGCUAAUAAUAUUCUCUUGGAGCUCCCACCUGAAAACUUUAAGGGAAUUAAUUAGUUUUCUAGUGAAUUAAAAAUUGUUUUAUUUUCUGACAGAGUCUGUUAAUGCCAAAUAAUGUAUCAAACUCAAAUGUUGUAAGUACAAUGUAAAAUGUUCCUAGAACCGGUUAUACAAAAAUUCUACAAAAUAUUUUCUAAUAAAAACAUUGAAUUAAGU